AGGAGAAAUCGGUUGAGCAAGAUGCAGACGCUGUCGGUGGUAAAUGGUCACAUGAUUGGUUCAAAAAUGCCAAGAACUGCGCACGCUCACAACUGCACAACGAUGAUCUUUAUCAUCAGCUGGAUCGCUAGAUUUUUGUUUUGUUGAUCAUAUGGGCAUUGGUCAACCGCGAUUUAUUUAUCCAACUUUAAAAAUAAGAUCGCUAUUUUUCUAAAUCCAGAUUUUUGAAUUGGACAAAAUCGUUGAAAAAAGUACAAACUAUAAUUAUGAGCCGAUUCACGAAUUUUCUUUCUUACUUCCGAAGGGGAAUAAAUACUUCAUCAACAAGACGGGCAGGCUCAGAGUGUCAUCCAAGUAACGGAGGUGUUAUCGGAGAGAACUUACCUUUUGAUAUCUACAAUGAGACAAAGUUCAACAUUUUGAUGACAAUUUAUUUGAUGACGGGGUUUGGACUGGUGCCAUUAGUUGUUCAUCAUCAGUUAAGAAAACAAAACCGUGUUGAUGACGAAUCUAAAGAUGAAGGAAAAGUUGAAGAUAUUGAUGAUCCUGAUGGUGAUUGAUACCCUUAUUUCUACCAAGUUAUGAAAAUCAAAUAUUUCUUUAAAAUCAAUUUUGGACUCUGUUGUCUACCACAACAUCCCUAUGCUAUUAAUUCAGAAUUAAACUGUUUAUUUUGAACUCUGUCAAUCAUUCCAAUCUUGAAAGAUAUUAUUAUUUUAAUUGAUUAAAUAUAAUUAUAGAGGUUA